AUGGCACCUGACGUCCAGAGCGAUAGCCCCCAAGCACGCCAAAUUUCGGACAAAAAAAGGCCAAAAUGGUCCCCAGAAGAAGAUGUUCUGAUCAUCGAGCUUCGGCAGCGCGGAAUGGCGUGGGGAGAUAUCAGCAAGGAACUCCCCGGGCGAAGUGCACUCAGCUGUCGCCUGCACUACCAAAAUUACCUUGAGAGGCGGAAGCAAGCAGAUCCAAGUCGGAAAUGUGGGCGAAAAUUGCAGAGGAGAUGUCCAUCCCCUGGAGGGCCGUUGAAGCUAUGCACUGGCAACUGGGAGAACAAGAAAUGGCGAGACGAUCUAGGACAGUUCCGUUCUCAUUCUCUCAACCCGCAUCAAAACGCUCACGUUCCGUUCAGCUCCCUCCCUUUGCGGAACUCGACGCCGUAUCCCAAGGGAACCGCAGCCACGCAGCUACUCUCUCAACGAUGGGUCAUCCUUCGGCGUGGGAUUGGACGUGGAUGGCGUGAUUAUCGCCGCCGUGGCUUCAUACCAAUAAUAGCCGUACAAUUGGGGUUCGAUACCGCAGCGUUCGAUAGCCAGCCCCACUUUGCUGAGGUCGAGUUGGAAUUCUUCGUCACCUCACAAGCCAACCCGCCAGAAACCCUCUCGCAUAGAGAGAGCCGCGAGCUGUGCAAAACCAUCGAGUUGAUAUACGCGCGAUUGAUUAUUGCAGAGGACAUCAUCAGCGCUCUAGAAGCAGGCCAUUAUUUGGAUGAGGCAUUCGGCGGUCGCAUUUGCAGCUUAAGGGAUAUAAAACGGCGCCUACGACCAUAUCAGCAACAUGACCGACACGAGUCUCGGCCACACCUGCACAAGUGCCCUGCUGCACGAUGUCAGCACCAGUUUGAGACUGCCGAUAACCUGCCACGGCAUAUCCGAAAUACAGCUGAUCUUAGCCACCGGUUUGACAAAGAGAUACUGGACGGGAGAUACUGUUUUCAGUGUGGAAAAGAGUUCGCUUCAGCCAAAUCUCUUUGGUUGCACGAGAAAAACGAUCAUUUAGAAUCGAGCCGCUCCAGGAUUGAUGCUUUUAGGCAAUUGCGCAGAGCUUCACAACAUCCAACUUGCUGCCCGUCAAGGAAGAGGAAACUUGGUGACUGCGAAAGAGGCGCUACAUCGGGGAACCUUCGGGACCAACGCCAGAAACGAUCAGAUUUAUCGAGAACGCCCUCGAGCGGAAAUACUGUUCAUUCUGCUAGGAAGCAAAAUCAGCAGCGCGUACCUGAAGAACAGCGUCCUGACCCGCAACCAGUUGUUGAAGGGACUGCGGCGGACAAAGUUGGCGAGCUUCCCUUUCAUGCUGUAAUGCAGCCAUCGUCGACCGGCUCCGAAAUAUCUGCCUUUGAUUACAGUGUCAAUUCCGUUGCCGAUCCCAGUUCAAUUCACUCCUCAUAUAUCGGCCCCAGCGGAUCCAUCUUCGACUACAGUGUUGAUUCCAUGGCUGAUCCCAGUUCAAUUCACUCUUCAUCUAUUUGUUGA